AGCCCACUCUCAACUAACCCCCUCCUCCAGUCCUCCUCCUCAAAAGGCUACUUGGCCAGAUGGUGCAGCCUUUUCUUUUGUUUACUCAUCGGCCAUGAGUUGACCCGACUGUCCCUAACAACUAAACUAUGGAUGCUGCCUGGGAGCCGUCAUUCGACAAGUAAAUUGUGAACUGGAAAGUACCAUCAUGAUGGGUGGCUCUACUUUAGUACGGCUGUGCCAGAGCUGAGUCCAAACUUUCACCCCUCUGCUGUAUUUGCCACUCCAUGGUAGAGCUUUCUGACAAGAAGACUGAGGUUGGCCGCUCCAGCUUGGCAUUGACUGAAAUGUUCUAAACAAAUAGGUGUGAGAAAAUCCUCUGGCACGAUGUUCAAGCAAGUGGAUACAUCAUCAAGAAGACGUCCUCAUGGUGGCAAUGAGGUUAACCGGCCUCAAUCUCCUCCACCUCGCUCUGGCCAACAGAGGCGAAUCCGGGUUGUUGAGGUGGCGCGAGGGAGGACGGGUUAUGGUUUUACACUCUCGGGACAAAGUCCUUGUGUGCUUAGCUGCAUCCUAAAAGGCAGCCCGGCAGAUUAUGUAAGCUUGCGUUCAGGAGAUCACAUCCUGUCAGUCAACGACAUCAAUGUCUCCAAGGCAUCCCAUGAGGAUGUGGUCAAACUAAUUGGACGCUGCACUGGCGUCUUGAAGCUGGUAAUUGGUGAAGUAGAACGUCACAGGCGACAUCAUCACCAGCAACGUAGUGCUGGCAGCCGUCACCAUAGCACCAGCACUAUGGCCGCAUCUUAUUUGGACUCAUGCUCCAGUGACGACGAGUUGGACGGCCUUUACGACAGUAGUGUCAACAACAAUAACAACAGCAGGACCAACAGUGGCGCUCGUGGGGGCUGGAUAAGACCCAAAAUGGAUUCAAAGCAGCUCGGCAUCAACCGAGCUGAGCGGGUCGUCGCAGAGCUGCAGUCGGGAGGAAUUUUUAAUAUGAUCUUUGAGAAUUCUAGCCACUCAUCAAGUAGCUCCGACAAGGACAGACCAGGACACACAUCAUCUUCCAAACAACGUCCCUUGUCUGAUCCAGAAUAUCCCCCAUGUCGAAACACCUCCCGCUCCCAGAGCAACCCAGUCCUUCUCUCUGAGGAGGAGUUGGCCCAAGUUCUAAGCGAUGACUCGGUUUUCCUGGAUUCUGGUUUUCGACAUCUCCACCUUCACCACCACCCAGAACAAGACAUGGAUGUUGGUAAUGGGCGGGACUUGGUUCUAGAUCCAAAUCAGGAUAUCGUCAAUGUGGGCAUGAUUGUUGGCUACCUGGGCUCCAUUGAGCUGGCCUCUACCGGCACCAGCCUCGAGAGUGACAGCCUGCAAGCCAUUAGAGGAUGCAUGAGACGCCUCAGAGCAGAGCAAAAGAUCCACUCCCUGGUCCUCAUGAAGGUCAUGCAUGACAGUGUGCGCCUGUGUGGUGACAAAGGGCAGAUCCUUGCCACGUAUCCUGCAGAAAAACUUGCGUUCAGUGCCUGUUGUCCUGAUGACCGAAGAUUCUUUGGACUGGUCACAAUGCAGGCCACAGAUGAAGACUUUCACAUCAGCAGGGGACGAUACGAAGAAGGAGGCUUGAGGACCUCUUGCCACGUAUUCAUUGUGGAUCCUGACCUGUGCCACCACCAGGUGCAUUUGGGAGUGGCCAGGAGGUUUGGCUUUGAAUGUACCCCUGACCAAGACACAGGAGGAUGCCUGGAAUUCCCACCCACUUCUCAGUCUCUCCUCCAUUUCGUGUCUGUACUUUACCGGGACAUGGGAGACAACAUCGAGGGGGUACGCGUCCGAGCCUUUCCCGAUCCAGAUAACGAUGCCCAGCAGAACCACAGCACCAGCAGUAAUAGUGAUAGUGGCAUUGGUAACUUUUUACCUGAAGAGAAGAGCAACAGAGUGCUCCUGGUUGACCUCGGAGGGCCUCCUAACCACAAUCAUGUCUCUGGGCCGCGCCACUGGGACAGCCCACCUUCCUCACAGCAGGGUUGGAGCCCCACCCUUGGAGCUACUGCCUCCCACCCGCCUCCUCCUCCGCCCGCUAUAAGGAGUAGCCACUACCGCCAUGAAUCAUACCUGGCUGACCUCCCUCAUCCUCUUCCACUGACGCACAGUGACGUAGCAGCUCGACACGGUCGAGGGGUCCAGCCGCACCAUUACUCGCAGGGAAAGUGGGUAGGAGCUGCCGGGGGCGGAGACAAGAGAGGGGCUGGAGGAGGGGCGGAGUCUCAGCGUUGGCUUCCAGUCCAUGUGCUGAGAGACUGGCAUCAGCAACACCACCACCUCCACGGCCUGAGCAGCGAUCAGGAGUCAUACGCCGAAUCCACGGACGGGUGGUCGUCAGCUAAUUGCAGCACCCUGCCUCCGCCCAUGAAUAAGAUCCCCGCUGACCGUUACCGGGCACCGCUGGUCCGCGGAGACCACCUGCCGCCACCUGGGGGGACCCAGCCUCCACCUCCUUCCCAUGUUCAGACCAACAGCCAACGGAUGACUGCUCAGAAAGAUGAGUGGGCAAAGAAAGUGUUUGGUGCUGGAGAUAGGAGUGAAACAGAAAAGAAGCGUGGUGGUUCAAAAGAUGCAGAGAAAAAGGGUGGCCGGUUUCGAGGUUUGACAAUGGGUUUCCCUGCGCUCCCGCAGCGCUCCUCAGCCAGACGCUCCUUUGGACGUUCCAAACGCCUCAGCUUGGCCCGUUCCCUAGAUGACCUAGAGUCUACUGCAGUCUCCGACGGAGAACUGAACAGUGUGGAGCUGCAGGGCUGCAGUAGUGACAACAGUUUGAACAGCAAUGCCAGUCUACCCAGUGUGCAGAGUCACCGGCGCCACACCGAAAGGAGAGUGGCCAGCUGGGCCGUGUGCUUUGAGAGGUUGCUGCAGGACCCAGUGGGAGUCCGCUACUUCUCGGAAUUCCUGAAGAAAGAGUUCAGUGAGGAGAAUAUUUUGUUCUGGCAGGCAUGUGAGUUCUUCAGCCACAUCCCUGAAAAUGACAAGAAGCAGUUAUCUCAGCGAGCCAGAGAAAUCUACAAUAGCUUCUUGUCCAGUAAAGCUACCACACCGGUCAACAUAGACAAUCAAGCUCAGCUCGCUGACGACAUCCUCAAUGCCCCUCGACCUGACAUGUUCAAGGAGCAGCAGUUACAGAUUUUCAACCUGAUGAAGUUUGACAGCUAUACACGUUUCCUCAAGUCUCUGCUCUAUCAAGCAUGUAUGUUAGCAGAGGUGGAGGGCCGACCCCUUCCUGACCCUUAUCACAUUCCCAGCAGCCCCACCUCAAAGCACAGCACCACUGGCUCGGAUCGCUCCAACCUUUCCACACCCAAAAAGGAAGACAAAAGGAGCAAGUCAGGCCGCUCGUUGAAUGAUGAGAGUCGAGAUGAUUCAGGAGACAGGAGGAAGGGCAUGUUCUUCUCCUGGUCCCGUAACAGGAGCUUUGGCAAAGGUCCAAAGAAACGAGAGCUGAUCGACUUUAAUUACAAUUUCUCGGGUAGCAAUGGUCGUCGUGAAUCCCAGGGUUCUCUGUCUUCAGGCACCAGCCUGGAGCUUGGGACAUCUGGUUCGGGGAAGAAUGAGGGAGACACUUCUCGUGUGGCGGUAUCAGAGCGUGCCGGAGGCAGUGUCCCUCUAAGACAGUGUAACAUAAACUUGCCAGAUGGCUCUUGUUGCUCUGUGCCGCUGAGGGCUGGUGUGUCCAUCAGAGAUUUGUUGCUGGGGCUUUGUGAGAAGCUCUGCAUCAACCUGGCAGCUAUCGACCUCUUCUUGGUCGGAGGGGAGAAGCCACUUGUUUUGGACCAAGACUGUAUGACGUUAUGCUCUCGGGAUCUCAGACUUGAAAAACGCACACUCUUUAGGCUAGAUUUGGUCCCUAUUAACCGCUCAGUCGGACUAAAAGCAAAGCCUACCAAGCCAGUGACUGAGGUUCUCAGGCCGGUGGUGGCAAAAUACGGGCUUCACCUCUCAGAUUUGGUGGCACGCAUUAGCGGGGAAUCUGAGCCCUUAGAUCUUGGUCUUCCAAUAUCCAAUCUGGAUGGGCUGAGAGUGGUAUUGGAUUCAGCAGAGCACAUACCUGGAAAAGCACCAUCUAAAAGCCACAUCGGGGCUUCUACCAGCAGAAACCAAUCAACAACAGGGGAGGACAGGCAGUCAAGGAAAGCCGCUUCCACCCACCCCCAAGGGGAAAACGGCAAGGCUGACACAAGGAGCCAGCCUUUACCCAACCACUCUGUCUCUCUUCAUAAGGCUCCGGAGAAACGGAAGCAGAAAAAGAUUAAUAUAGACGAAGCUGAAGAGUUCUUCGACCUCAUAUCCAAAGCUCAGAGCAACAGAGCUGACGACCAGCGAGGCCUCCUGAACAAAAGUGACCUCCAGCUCCCGGACUUCCUACGCCUGUCGCCGUCAGCGACUGGUCGAGCCGCACCUCCGCCCUAUGACCCCGAGCCUGGUUGCUCUACCCCUUAUUCCCGUAACCCGGGCAACGACAGGGCGAGCGGAGGCCAUUUUCUCAGCGCUCAUCAUCAGUCUCAAAGUUUGGACUCUGCACUGGGCUCUGACAACAGCGGGUGGGGAAAUGCCAGACCUCCUUCUUCACAGUUUCCCGCUACGCUCUCUCCUAUCCACCCGUCCCGAGAGGCACAGCGUAGUGCGUUCAAGGACACGUGCAAGGGAGCUUCAGUCCAGAUGCUGGAAGAAGACGCCCUGUCGGACCUAACGCUAGUGGGCGAAGGGGACAUCGACAGUCCCAGCCUCAACUACGUCCCGCCAUCUCCCCUGCAGCCUAAACCCCAACAGCAAACACAGGACUUUCGGCCUGGCUCAGGUACCUCUCCUGUUUGAAGUUUCGGCUGUCCUUUCACCUGACUGCGAAUGGUAGUGGACUCUUGAAAGUCAGUUUGAAGUUUCCCGAAUGCAUCCACAUCUCCUCCUUUCCCUUACUCGCCUCAGUCCUAACAUGUGGGACAAUAGAAACACUCCCUUGUGGAAUACAAGCAUUCAAUUUCGGCAGAAACAGUACAACAGCUUACACUACAAAUGUGCUUUGUUGUGUUAUAAUAAUUAUGUACGCAGUCUGUGAUCAGCAGCUAAGCCUGUCAGACACAAGACAGGAAGCUGAAGCGAGGAAAAAUGGAUGCAUUAUGAUUGGUCACAAGUUGUCCUUGAAAUUUUCCUGCGUGGUGUGAAUCUGUGUGAAAUUUGGAGAGUGCUUGCUGUGGAUUUUUGUUUUUUCUUUCCCUGAGAUGUAAUUGUGAGGGAGAGUGCAAGCAUGACUCGUGCCAAACUGUUAUCCGGCUCCCUUCACCAAAAGAAAUAUAAUGAUGCACUUUAGCCCAUUAUGAACAAGACUACACAUUCGCGCACGCGUUAAAAUAACUCGUUUACCUUGACAGUACAAUUAUCUUAGUGCUAAAAUAAUAGAGCCUAAUUUAUAUUAUCUGGUGCGCGGCCGCCAGAGUUGCAAGUGUGUUAUUUACAAAUGCAGAUUCCAUGCUAUAGUAAAGUGGAAUUGAACAAACAGACUUUCUCAGCUGUUUUGUGUUCCAAGUUGAGUACAGUACAUUCUGUGUUUUCACCACUCUCGUCCAAGGCACUUUUUAAUGCCGUUCAUGCCAAGUUGGCCACAGUCAUUGUGCAUGCAGGAGCUGCUUGCAGACCAAAAAGACCCGAAAAGUAUUGCACCGGUUAUUUCUAUCUUUUGUCUUCUUUGCACGACAUGGAACUUUUUUGUUAUUCUUGAAGUUUACACAGAGUAGAUUACCCUCAGCGACUCGAAUAGAAUAACUACCGUGUUGGUGGGUUCAGAUAUAUUUUGAUAAUGAUAUUGUUUCUGUCAUUUUGCCUUUAUAGACCCAACAUUAAAGCUGUAGAAUGAUUGAUGAUUGGACUAUUAGCUUUACUUCAAAAGUUUCUUAGUAGUUUCCCCUGAAUUAUUUGCUAUUUGCAUUUUAUUCUCAAUACAGUGAAGUAGAGUGGUACCUCGACAUACGAUCGCUUCGACACACGAUCUUUUCGACAUUCGACGUAAAAUUUGACUCGCCAUUUGUUCCUACAUUCGACGACAUGCUUGAAAAAUGAUGAUGCAAAUUAUAGAAAAAUAUGAGCGUGGGGUGCGCAUCUGUGAACUGGCUCAACAAUACAGCUCCAUGGUCCUCUUCUGACCACCGUUCGCCAAUCUUUAUAAGUUAAGUUGACAAUUAUUAUUGUGGUAACAUCGCCAAGGAAAUCGCCAGCUUCGUCACGAUUUUAUCAUUUAUUUAAGUACUUAUCCAGCACAAAACACCCAUUGUCCUCCGCAGCUGACUGUGCUCCCAAGAAAACGAAGGUAUUAUCUCUACUAGGGCUGCAGCUAUCGAAUAUUUUAAAUGUCGAUUAAUCGAUGGACUAGUUAGUUCGAAUAAUCGAGUAAUCGGAUAAGGCACAUGAAAAAUUAAAAUACCUGAGCUGAGCCUCAAACGGUAUAUAUACUGUAUAUAUUUUGUUUAAAUGAGGAUCUAUGUAAAACAAAAGAACAAUUGGCUAACUUAAAUGUAAAAAGUCCGCUAGCUUAAAUGCUAUAAAAUGCUAACGUUUUUUUUUUCAAUGCUUUUAACAAAUGGUUCAGACACACAUUCCGACAAAAAACGGCUAAAUAUACCCAUAAACUAAAUUAUGAAUGCAUUAAAAAAAACAUUAGCUCAAACAAAAACUUAGCUUACGUUGGUCUCAACAGGGAGCAGUUGGAUUCAGCCAUGUGAAAAGAGGCAGACCAGAGGGCAGUGUAUCCACCCUAAUCAAUAAAACUAAAUGCAAACACUUUCAAAAUAAACCAUUACAAUGCCACUUUAAUUAAAUGAAUACUCGAAGCAAAAAAAUGUAAUUAGAAUAUUUUUUUCUAAUCGAAUACACGAGUUAAUCGAUUAAUCGUUGCAGCACUAAAACAAUUGCAAUUAGUGCUGCAACAAUUAAUCAAUUAACUCGAGUAAUCAAUAAAACUAAAUGCAAACACUUUCAAAAUAAACCAUUGCAAUGCCACUUUAAUUAAACGAAUACCUGAAACAAAAAAAAUUAAUUCGAAUAUUUUUUUCUAAUCGAAUACUCGAGUUAAUAGAUUAAUUGUUGCAGCACUAAUCUCUACCGCACCGACCUCUCUCACUGUGACAUCACUGCGUUCAGGUACAGCAAAAAGUGUCCCCCACAUUAGAAUCCGAUUCUUUACAUUAUCUACAGGAAUAGUUAUUAAUUAUUGUUAAUAUCAUUAUAUUAUUCCGAUUUUUCUUGAUAACUUAUUUGUUUUGCUAUGUUUAAUUGGCAUUUGUAAGAGUACCAGCAGUAUUUACUAAAGAUUUAGUGUAGGUUUUUGGGCUGUGGAACGACUUAAUGGAAUUAUAAUGUAUUCCUAUGGGGAAAUUUUCUGCUCAACAUAUGACCAUUUCGACUUACAAACAAGGUCCUGGAACGAAUUAACUUCAUAUGUAGAGGUACCACUGUACCUUUAUUUACAUUCAUCCACCCAUUUUCUAUUGUACUAAGCCUCACUUGAGUAGUAACGGGUAAGCUUCAGCCUGUCCAAGCUGACUUUUGGCAAAAGGCGGAUAACGCCCUGGAUGGGUCACAAAUAGGCAUGUGCCGGUACGAGAUUCUGACGGUGUGAUAACCUAAAGCCAAAAUAUCACGGUUUCACGUAUCAUGGUAUUGCAAUUACAGCUCUAAAAUGUGUUACUUUGAGGUGUCUGGGUUAAAAUAAAAUCUUUUUUCCAUUGAACAGGAUUUUUACUUUUCAAAACAUUAGCACAUUGGAACAUAAGUAUAAUGUUGAAAAAAAAAUUUCUAACAAAAACUAAAGUAAAUGUAGUCCUUUGGGUAAGCUUAAACCCAGAGCCACAGCUUAACAUUAUUAUCAGCAGAACAAAAAUAAUUGAAUUAUUUUCCAUAAAAAGCACGUGUGUAUGACUCAUAUCAUGUUUUAUACAUUGCACAAGCACAUCCUCUUUCUCAACACAAUUGUCAAAGAGAAAAAAAACACACGUUUUACCACAGCUAGACACACUAAACACGCUGGAGUUAACUCUCGUAACUGGUGGGAAAUAGUGUUUACUAGGAGUGGGAACCUCUUGGUACCUCACGAUACGAUACGAUUUGCGAUACAAAGCUCAAGAUAAUGAUGAUCUGACGAUAUGGCGAUACAACGAUUAUCGAUUCGUUGGUCAGGAAAUCAUUAAAGGAUAUUCUACAAACAACUAAUAAACAGAAAAACAAGCUUCUGCUGUAAAUUGGAAUGAGUUUAGCACUUGCAGACGUCCAAUCCAUUUGAACUGGGAGGGUGGCAGCAAAUGAACAUUUGUUCAUUCGCUGCCAUCCCUCCCACUUCAAACGGAUUGAACCUCUAUGGCCGGUAGUGGCAGCCAAUGCCAGGCAAUCAGAUAAUUUUGGGCCAUUUAAUCAUUCACCUGUUGAUUUUCAGUUACUUCCUGUUGAUUUUGGGGUAUUUUAUAGGUCUCUUCCUGUUUAUUUUGAGUUACAGAACAAGAAGUGACCUGGGAAUUACCCAAAUGAAAAGACAGUGACUCAAACUCAACAGAAAAUCACCUGUAAAUGCCCUAAAAUAAACAGCAAGUAGCCUGUAAAUGCCCUGAAAAUCAGCAGAAUGAUGUGAAUGCUCUGGUUUCGGAUCAAUGAACGUUCCCAGUCUAAAUGGAUUGGGCGUCAAGCCCCGUCAAUGCAGCCUUAGAGUUAACUGAGACACUAUAAUGGUGGAAGAUUUUGGUAGCAACUUGUUGGUUCAUUUUUAUUUAUUUUUUUUUAGACAAUGACACCUUUUUAAAAUGAUAUCUCGAUUCUUGGCAGGAGCAUAUCGAUAACCUUUUGGGAUACAAAGUGUCACGAUAUAUCACCAUUUCGAUAUUUUGUCACACCCCUAGUGUUUACUAACCUUUAAUUUUGUAUUAAUGUGAAAUCAUAUUGGAGGUAUUGCCUCCUCGGCAGCAACACUCAGCAAACAUGUUUUACAUGUCAGUUGGCCCUCCUCUAAGCCGCGGCCAUAUGUAACUUUUCUGUAGCCGAAGUAUUCCCAUACCAGCGAUUUCAUUUUCUUCGAUGGAGGGAAAAAUUUCAGGAGUUUCACCUCCUCCAGCCAUCGUGUAGAACAGCUGAAGCACUGACACUGAGCAAUAACCAGUGGGGGAGGGUUGAGCCUUGCAGCUUCAAGUGAGGGAUUUCUCCCUGCAUUUAUGGGGCAUAAAAAAAUAACUAAUACCUUAGGGACGGUAUGACGGAAAUUUUUUGAGGUUUUGAAACUGUGAUGUUUUCAUACCACGGUAUUCCUUGAAACCGGUUAUCAGCACAUGCCUAGUCACAAACCGAUCCCUGGGCGGAUAAAGACACAACUAUUCACAAAUUACCUGAAGCUGGGGCUUGAUUACACGUAAAUGAAGCAGGAGUCGUUUAUGAAAAUUUCUCCACUUUUGUCACCACCAACGACGAUAGUUUGUGCAAAGUCUCCUGAGAAUUAGCCUGAGCGUUUCAUGUAGUUACGAGAGCACUCUCAAUCUCAAUUCACUCACUCUAAAACUGACAAUUACAUAAGCAGUUAUGGAAAUACGCAAACGUGCUGUACACACCAAAAUGUGACAGGUGGCAGUUUGGGAGCAAACCAAUCUGGAGCCCGGGUAUACGAAUGAUAAUUUUCAGCUCCUAAAAUGGCGCCUCGUUGUGAACAGAUUGUUGAAUCAAAAAUACAGUGGUACCUCAACAUCCGAUCGCUUCGACACACGAUCUUUUCGACAUCCGACGUGAACUUUGACUCGCCAUUUGUUUCUACAUCCGACAACAUGCUGAAAAUACGGCGAAAUGACAGCGCCGCAGACGGACGCAUGGCGGAUUUUCUUGUGAGAGAACACAGGUUUCAAAAAGGUUGGUACGGGUGGUGAAACAAGGAAAAAGGUGACACUUAUCAUUGAAAUGAAGAUGCAAAUGAUCGAAAACUAUGAGUGUGGGGUGCGCAUCCGAAUCUCUACGAUCUCCACGGUCCUCCUCCGACCUCCGUUCGCCAGUCUUUAUAAGAUAAGGUUACAAUUAUUAUUGUAAUUGUGGUAACAUCGCCAAAGAAAUCAUCAGCCUCGUCAGGUUUUUAUCAUUUAUUUCAGAACUUGUCCAACACAACACGCCUACUGUCCGCCGCAGUUGACAGUGUUCUCAACAAAACACUAAAACACACAACCGCAACGUUCCCUCUCUGUCACGUCACGUUCUUAUUGGAAAAUCCUACCCGACAUACAACCAUUUCGACUUACAAACAAGGUGCUGUAAUGAAAUAACUUCGUAUGUAGAGGUACUACCGUACUUUCGUUAAAUAAAUCCAUUCCGCAUCAGGCGAAAUUUUAUUUUGACAAAGUGACUUAAAAGUAAGUACAACCAUUUUCAUACUUUAAAAUCCUGAAUAAAUGCAAAAUGACAAAAACUUAAAUGCUUCUGUACCUAACCACUUAAUUAGGCGUGGUUCACAGAUUCCACUUUUUCUUUAUGUUUUUCAACCCUAAGGAAAUAUUUAUUUAUCUCACAACCUUAUAUUUUUUAACCUGUUAGUCAAACAAAAAGUGUUAAUUUGUACAUAGCCAAACUAGUGAAACCCAAGUAUGCCGCUUUUGUUAAAUUGCAUUGCAGCCAUUCUAAUUCUUUAGCUUUGUGGCAGUGAACAUUGCUCUUUAUCUGCUCUAUUUCUAAGUGUCUGUAAAUAGAUACAAUAAAUGUUAAGAGCUUGAAGUCUCUCUUUGUCUUACUAAAACAGUCUUGAUUCAUUUCUUUGUCCUUUGACCCUAUCUGAGUCCUGUGACUCGGCACACUUGAGAAGCACAUGUCAAACCACCUCUCCCACAUGAAUGCCACAAUACCUCAUCAUAUACUGUAUGCAUCACUAGGUUUUUUUUUCAUUUGGAGAUUUAGGUAGACGAUGUAAUUGUGGAAAUGUUAAGACCCUCGAAGACCAAAGGAGGUCGCGAGUGUGACUGAAUCAAAAUAUUUUUCAUAUAUACUGUACAUAUAUAUGUCAGAAAACACAGACAAGACUGAAAAAGCAGUUUCUGCUCUUGCACUCCUUUUUAAAAGAAACUGCGGUAUUUUAAGCCAAAACAACUGUUAUGUUUGAUAGAACAAUAUGUCUAUAUGCUGCCAUCGCAGAUUCAUGGCACAUUAAGCCCCCGAACUAUUUUCAAUUUGUCCGUUUUACCCUGAAAACCCCCGUUUACAGACGUUGCGCAACCGCUUUUGUUUCAACCCAGCAAUAAAACGAAGGUAAUUAUUUAUACUUAUUAUUCAAAAUGUCUGUCGUUUUUAGCUUAGAAUCAUUAAUUGAUGUCUCAUAUUUCGUUAAAAAAAAAAAAAAACUAAACAAAAAAAACGACUUUAAAAAAUUAUUCACUCACAUAUUUUAAACUUUUAAACAAAUUACAUCACAAUGAAAAAUUUGGCGUCUGGAAAAAAGUCACGGAUAUCCACCUCAUAACUAUCUCUUAAUUUUUUUUGUUACUGUCGCAUUUUGUCCGAUACAUUAGAUGAUGAAUAACCGAUCCAAACAAAGAAAAAUUGAAAAAAAUUAGGGCUGUCAAAAUUAUCGCGUUAACGGGCGUUAAUUAAUUUUUUAAAUUAAUCACGUUAAAAUAUUUGAUGCAAUUAACGCAUGCAAUGAAUGACCCGCUCGCAUAUUGCCUCAAACAGAUUACAAUGAGGCCGUUUAUGGACAUUAAGAGUGAAGAGAAUGCCACCGGCCGCUUGGGGGCAGCGCCGUUCCAUACUCAUGUUAUUUCUUCUAAACAUGGGAGAAUUAGUAGUUGUGAGACGUUUAUGCUGUAUUCACAAUGCAAUGCAAAUUGCUAUUUGUGCUCCACACAUAUUUCGGUAAGUUUUCUUUCUUUUAGUGGCAAUUAUGUGUCUCUUGUUGUAUUUUGGGUAAGAUAUGUACAGAUACAGUGGGGAGAACAAGUAUUUAAUACACUGCCAAUGGGUUUUCUCAUUAUAUGUUAAACAGUAAAGGCGAGUGGACACAGGCGUUCUUUGGGCCGCGCCGUUUAUUGGCAUAAGCUUCGGCAACUCCUUCACAACAAACAUAAGUAUCGUUUAGUGAAAGUAUAACAAAAAUAAUAUUCCUAUCUCUCAAAAAAAAAAAUAAUGUUCACAAAAAGAAAAGCACUUCAGUCUAUAGCAAUGAGGCCCUAUUCUGACACACAGUUAAACAACAAUGCAAAAUGAACUGGCAUUCCAUAUCAAAAUAGCUAUGCAAAAUACACAUAAAACUUUUCACUCUAUUUUUAUUAUUGUUAUUUUUAUUCUUCUUAUUAUUAUAUUAACUCUACUUUUGAUUGAAAAUUUUACAAAUUUUAUUAAAACGAAAACAUGAAGAGGGGUUUUAAUAUAUAAUUACUAUAACUUGUAACUAUAACAUUUAUCGUUUAAGAACUACAAGUCUUUCUAUCCGUGGAUCACUUUAACAGAAAUAAUGUUAAUAAUGCCAUUUGUGGAUUUAUUGUUACAAUAAACAAAUACAGUACUGAUGUACAGUAUGUUGUAUGAAUAUAUCCAUCGUGUGUCUUAUCUUUCCAUUCCAACAAUAAUUUACAUAAAAAUAUGGCAUAUUUUAGAGAUGGUUUGAAUUGCGAUUCAUUGCGAUUAAUUAUGAUUAAUUUUUAAGCUGUAAUUAACUCGAUUAAAAAUUUUAAUCGUUUGACAGCCCUAAAAAAAAUGUUUAAAGGGGUAAAUAUAUGAAAAAGAAAAUCUCGACCACUCCUUGAUGUUUACGAUUUCUGCAUCGUGCCCCUUGUUAUAUUACCAUGUUUCACCCAUAAAAUCCCCCAAAAAUCCAGCUUUGGCCAUUCACAGCUGUGUCUUGACACUCAGUGAUACAUGCUACAUGGAAUUUUUGGAUCGAAACAAGGCAAGUACGCGAUAAUAUCUCAGUAAAGUCAUGGCGUCUGCAAUUCUGCUCUCGCCUCCAGAAAGGGUUUUGCUGUUUAAAAAACAUUAAAAAAAAAAAAGGGAAAAAAAAAAGCCCUCCUGUUAAAUUUUUUUCUUCCCCCAGAAAAUUGAGAUUUUAAGCAUUCCAAGGAUGUAUCACACAUGCAUAUAGGACAAUUUUGAAAUUUGGCCAAAUUGGGGGUCUCAGAGCAGAACUUCAAGUCACCUCAGUGUUUUCCGCCAUAUGAUUUUGAAAAUUCAAACUCUAUAAAAAUAAAAUCAUGACUCAAUAAGCUUUGGGAAUUGAGGUAGCCUGAAAUAAACAGGCUCGAUGGAAUCUGUUAUACUUACACUAUUACCGGACAGUUAAUUCAUGAAAAUGACUUUAUUUAAAUCACACUUUAGUCUAGGUCUCUGGGUGUUGAAUCAAUCAAUAUUACAAAAGUAAAAGUUGUCAUCCAAAAAAUGUACUCAAGUACAAGUAAAAAAUGAUUAUAUGUUAUAUGAGCUGUUUUAUAAUGACACUGUCAAAUAACCCAUUACAGAAAUGCAAAAAAAAAA